AUGCAGGAAUUGGACAACAACGCUGCGGUAGAAAUGAAGUUUUACGAAGAUGUGGUGGAUGCGAACAGACUUGUGAAAAUAUGUUUACUUUAAACACAACACCUUGCCCUCGAAUAGCAUGUGUCCCAACAUGCAUUUGUAGGCGGGGGCUUUACCGGCACGAUGGAAGAUGCAUUACAUUGCUUCAAUGUGUUCUUGGUGCAACAUUUCCUGGGCAAGAUGGCCCAUACCCUGGAGAAGAUAAUUCUGGAUGUCCUGGCAACCAGAUCCGUGUAGAGUGUGGUAGUGGAUGCCCAUUACCCACAUGUGAAAUACUUAACCCACCAUCUACAGUGUGCUUAUCAGUUUGUCGUACUUGUAUUUGUCCCACCAAUACAGUAUUGAAUGGAGAUUAUUGCAUACCAUAUAACCAGUGUCCUUCUACUGCUACAACACCCCAACCAACACCAGUUUGUCCUGGCAACCAGAUCCGUGUAGAGUGUGGUAGUGGAUGCCCAUUACCCACAUGUGAAAUACCUAACCCACCAUCUACAGUGUGCUUAUCAGUUUGUCGUACUUGUGUUUGUCCCACCAAUACAGUAUUGAAUGGAGAUUAUUGCAUACCAUAUACCCAGUGUCCUUCUACUGCUACAACACAACCAACACCAG